CCAAACGUUUGAUUUAUCAUUUUUGUAUCUUAUCAUGGCUGACAAAGAAGACUCGAGCUGGCAAACUCAAUUUUAUACUCUUAGAGAGCGAGUUGAAUAUGCAUUCAACAAUUCGCUGUUCUGUGAUAUCGAGUUUACUGUUGAAGACUCGAAUGGAGACAAAGUUGCACUUUCAGCAAACAAAUUCGUAUUGUCUGUAAGCAGCCCCGUAUUUGAGACGAUGUUUCAAGGGAAACUGGCAGAACAAGGACCGCAAAUUCACCUACCCGACUGCACCAAAGAUGGACUACAAGAAAUGCUUCGUUUUGUGCAUUCCGAAGUAGUUAACCUGACUGGAAGCAACGUCAUGGAAGUACUUUAUCUCGCAAGUAAGUACAUGCUGCCAUUGCUUCAAGACAAAUGCUAUGAAUAUCUUGCUGAAAAUCUCACUCCAGAUGAUGCAUUCACGGCUCUCACCCAAGCUCAACAAUUAAACAACGCCAGAGCAGAAGAAUUAUGCUGGAAUGUUGUCGACUUUCAGACACACCAAGCCGUGACCUCAAAAGCUUUCUUGAAUAUCUCGCGUUACUUGCUGAGACAAGUUCUUGAAAGAGAAACACUUCACACAGAUGAAGUAAUUCUCUUUAGAGCUGUUAAUACGUGGGCAACUAACAGAAUAGAGGAAGAAAGCAAGAAAGAAAUUGGCGAUGCAAAGAGAAGUGUACUUGGUGAUGACAUAGUUCAUCUCAUUAGAUUUCCACUGAUGACAAACACGGAAUUUGCAGAUGAGGUGAUUGUUAGUGGCAUACUACAUGAAAGUGAGGUAAUAGAAGUUUUACGGAUCUUCACAUCAACAGCGCCAUCACAAAUCUUGUUCGAGGGAGAUUACAGAAGCGGCCAGUGGAAUGAGAUGUGGACGGUGAAUCGAUUUGAUGCCGUUGAUACAAAGUAUUGUGGGGGUCAACAAAAUCACACUAUACUGUUUGAAGUUAACAAACCAAUCUUCCUCGCAGGAAUUCGACUAUUUGCUGUUCAAAGCGAGUCGGGCUCAAUGCUGGAGACUAAACUAUCAGUGCAAAACGUUCAAUGUAAAUCUAAUCUAUUCCAAACAGACGUCUCGCCGAACGUUAAGAAAACCAUUGAUGGCUUGUACUGUGGACAUUCCAUAACAAUAUCGCCUCCCAUUCUAUUACUUUCUAAAGAAAAGUACUCGAUCACAUAUACAGCAAAUGUUCAACCUCUUUCAACUUCGGUCCUUACUCCAUCGUUAUGGAAUUUAACAACUACCCAGCCAUCUACCACCCACUCCAUACUCGGAUACGGUUCUUCUGCCCCCACAGGAGGUACAUUCGGUUCUUCUGUCCCCACAGGAGGUACAUUCGUUUCUUCUGUCCCCACAGGAGGUUUAUUCGGUUCUCCUGCCCCCACAGGAGGUGCAUCCGGUUCUUCUGUCUCCAAGGGAGGUACAUUCGGUUCUCCUGUCCCCACAGGAGGUUUAUUCGGUUCUCCUGUCCCCACAGGAGGUACAUUCGUUUCUUCUGUCCCCACAGGAGUU